AACAGACAGCAGGUAGACCUAGACAAAAAGCAAAGCAGGAAGUGCAGUUGAGUUGGAAAAAAGUUAAAACUGUUGUUAGAUUUGUGAUUUACUAAGUAAUUUAUUUUCUAUGAAAUAAAUCAGAUAUAAUUAUUAACUUGAAGUAUUUAUAUAUAGGUACAUACAGCUGAUUCACGUUUUAGUUAUUUUUACUUUCGCUUAUGUUGUGAUUGUGAUAGUAACUGUUAUGUAGGUAGGUUUAUAAUAGGUAACAUAAAAUAUCAAUUAGUUUCUAUCUAUUGUUUUAUUUUUUUCUGUUAAAUAUUUAAUUAUGAUCUUUUCUACGAAAAACCACGAAUCUUCAACUGGCCGGUCCUAUAAGUAUAUUUUGGCUCCAUUUGUUAUUUUACCUAUAAUGUUGUUAAUUGCAACAAUAUCUAGAGCAGUAACAAUAACUGUUAUGGUAUUUAUUGGAAUGGGAGCGUUGUAUAUAAUUUCAAGACCACGUCAUAGGAAUAGAUCUCCCUUUUUCUUCUCAUGGACUUUGUCAUCAGGAUUAUACAUGUUUUUGAUGUUUGAAUUAGUAGUCAUGGAUUUUUGGGAAAUAACAUAUUUUGAGAAUAUUAUAUUUCUAUUACUGUUUGCAUUUACCUGCCACUUCUUUUAUAAGAUGAAGUCUACUGCUGACUUUGAACUGGCCACUGGAUCAUCAAAAGGGGUUGAAUACAGCCCGGUGUUGACAUCCGAUUACCAUUAUUGUAAAAUAUGUGAAAUUGAAGUUAAUGAGGGAUAUUUUCAUUCAAUAUGGUGGGAUUGCUGUGUACUGAAACCAAACUAUGGAUACUUUCUUCUGGGGCAUAUAUUUUGUUUAGCUACUUUAUUGUUUGGAUCCAAUUUGACUCUCACAACUGUCUGUCAGCCAUACAUAUUUUAUGGUCCUAUUUUAAUGCCUGAAGACUGUGGGGAUGUUUACUAUGAUUGUUACUUAGCCCUGUGUUUUGUGACUUGCGUCUACAGCCUCGGAUAUGCAUUAGUGAUUUGUUCAGUACUCCUUCACCAGCUAUUGAGUUAUAUUCCAAAGUAUGGUGCAUCACAAUGGAAGAAAAUGGUACAUGUUUUUAAUGUAUGAAGAAAUGAGUUCUUUCAUGAUAGGAAGAAAAAGUA